AUGAGCCUAGAAACCGUACGGCCUUCCUUGGAGCUUCUUGAAGAUGUGAAGCAGCAUUUGAGGCAACCCGUUUGGAUCAAUGCAGACAUCCUACCGGGACCUAAUGGAAAUAAUGCUGUAGUGGAUGCGAAAGGGUUCCUCGACACUGUCACUUCAUUUUUCCCAAAUGUAACCUUAUCGCUGGGAUGGACAACUGGCUGGCACCCUGACAAACACAAUAAAGGCUAUGAUUGGAUGAUGGUGAAAGAAAUGGCCCAGAUAUGCAAUACACUUUCCCAGCCUGUAACUUUCCCAGUAAGAGCAGCACUAGUACGACAGUCAAUAUCUGAGCUGUGUUGGUUAAUGCAACAGUCGGAUAGAUACAGCCUCACUAUUUGGACAGGAAAGGAGGAUGUGUAUUCUGUAGAAGAUUUGCUUUACAUCCGAGAAAACUUUGAUAAAAGUAGGGUUUAUUAUGACAUCUUAGAGCCACAAAAUUCUGAAUUCAAAAAAGCCAUAGGAGUAGAAUGGUAA